AUGGACGAGGAACGCACCAUAACGCUCGAUCUCGGUUCAUCUCCCGACCCGUUGAUCGACCCCAUCCUCAGUCCGCCUAUGGUCCCGCCCUCUACCGUCAAGAAGAAGAGCCAGGCUGCCGGACGCCUCUUCACGGCCCUUGCACCGUCACCGCGAAAGCAAACGUUCGAACUCGAUGUCGGAAACGAGCGAACCCCACAGAGGCUACGAGUCACGGUCGAGGCCGAAGACGAGGCCACGCGCAACACUAGUCGCCGACUGUUCCAGUCCCCCACUCCGAAGCAGCGACGUCUGACACCGCGGCGAGAGACCAUUGUCACGACAUCGGUGCCGCUGCGUGGCCUGAGUGACGACGAAGGAGGCGCGUCAGCUACCGCGACACCGCGACGGAGGGGUCGUCCGCGGAAGUCGGGUACACCUGCGACAACAACACGAAAACGUCCAGGCACACCGGCCAAGGCGGGGCGAAAGAGCGGGGAACGCGUUUCGGUUUCGCCGGCUAAGGACGUGCCCACGUCCGACAUUGGGACACCGCGUUCUGGCGCGCAAGCUAAGGGGACAAAGCGCAAGGCGACAUCUCCUGCAAAAGGCGACGGCGCGCCUGCAAGCCAACCGCGUAAACGAGGGCGACCAAGGAAACAAACUAAUACCGCUGACGAGAUUGCGCGCUUGGGAGAAGAAAGCCCUUCCAAAUCUACAGACCGAAAUGGCGACAGCUUCGUGGCACUACCGAUACAACCGCAACCGGCCAACAAGGACGUGGAGGAGGACGAUAUUUGGCUCGCAACCAUGUCCGACCAACCGACCCCGACUAUUUCGAAGCAGAGUCACAGCUACCUACCCGACCCGGAGUCUGAGCUGGCCCGAGAUGAGUCAGAUUAUCCAGAAUAUGGUUGGGCGGAUAUGGGUGGGGGAGCGGAUUCACAUAGCGAGGGGGGGUCACUGGCUAGUGAGCAAGGCGACGAGCCAGGCGACGAGCCAGGCGACAAUACCAUGAUGGCCGAGGAAUUUACAAUGAUCUCCAUUGGGUCUUUACCAUCCAUGCAGCCCAACUCCAGCGUGAUGGCCCCGGCGCAUGAGGACCUCGGUGAUGAAACGAGUCUGAUUAUCAACGGCGCGCUGGAGUCGUUGAGGCAGAGCCAGAAUCGGCCUGUUGAGGAAGAGCUUCCGGGUGAGCCAACCCCGCGCGCGGCCAAGACUCGGCACGAUUUGGUCGACUCCCCGAGGGGGAACCAUAUUCAACUACGCCAGGAACAGGAACAGGAGCAAUUGCAGCUCCCACCGCCCUCCCCAUCCUCACGAACGCUGCGAAGGAGCCCCCGCAGGACUACGGCCCAGCCACUGGCUAGAAAACUGGCUGAGAAGAGCCUCCAGCAAGCCAGCCGCGAAUCGCUUGUGCCCGCGCCCGAGCCCGAGCUCGCCCCCUCGCUCCACCAGCCCCCAACCUACCGACCGCAAGAGACCGACACUGAGCAACACGAUAUGAGCACUGCCUAUGACGAUUCCUUCUCCGAUAUUCCGGAAGAAAUCCUAAUCGCAGCAACCCCGCGUCGGUUCCGGAAGAAAAUCCAACGGGAGGAACAGCCCGUGGAAGAUGAGCUAGUCCAAGCGGCCGUCGAGGAUAUCCAGCCCUCCAUUGAGCGGCCUUCAAGAGUGAACCACACCGACCCCCAUUCUGAGACAAAGAGGAUGUUGACACCUGAUGAGACACCGUCGCCGCUACCCGUCGCGCCCGAAGCACACGGUCCCGAUCCUAAUCCUGACCUUGAACCCGACCUCGAACCCGAGCUCCAUCCCCCACAACUCACCUCUUUGAGCGCCGCCGACCUCCCCUCAUCCCCGCCGAUCGAACAGCGAAGCCCCAGCUUCCCCACUCAGGCCGCCGCCACACAGCAUAUCCGCCGGCACUCGACCGAAACACCCGCCGAACGACUCCCCGGCUCCUUUACAUCGUCCCGCAACACCAAAAACAGCUCAGGCAGCGGUAGCGGCAGCCGUGACGCUCGCCUUUCCUCUGGCCAGGGUACUGCCCGACACCUGCAUCUCACCGUGCCUGAACCCGAACAACGCCGCCCGACACUGUCACCCAUCGUCCGGGCAGGCCGGGCCCUCCAGCUCAUCACCUCUGACCCGCCGUCUCCGCCCGAACGAGAUAGCAUGCUUGGUAGUCCCUUCCGUGGUUCGGUACCGCCCAAGUUGAGCCCGUCACCCGCGGCGCCGGGGAGUACAGUAGGCUCUGGUGCUGCUGCCCCACCAAUGUCACAGACGCGACCGCACUAUUCGCAACCACAGGCACAGCCGCUAUCGCAGGAACAGGCUUCUCCCUCAUCACGCAAAUCAUGGCUUAGUGGGCCGUUGAGCCAGAUGAGGAAUUUCAUUGUUCGCAGCGCGCAGUCGCUUUCGCCUACGCGGGUGUCCGUUUCGGGAGCGGAGCGCAUGGAUGAUCCGUUUGGGCCAGAUGCGAUAGAGCCAGGCUCGCAGAGGGAGAGGAGCGCCUCCUGCGGGUCAGAUUCCGAGGGUGGCAGUCCCGCUGGGGAAUCACAAAGGCUGGCGUCUCCUGAUCUAGGUGGCGAUGGUGCGGGUGGACGUGGGGUUCCCAAUAACGCGCGUUUGCAUGGCUCGCUUAUUCGGGAGGCACCCCCAAGACAGCACGAGUUGGGACGUUUAGCCGCGGGUGCUGACUUUGACCAGCCUAUGAACGGGUGGGAGGAAGUGGUUGAGGAAGAAGAGCAUCGAGAAGAACAUGCCCAAGAUGAGGAAGACGAUGACAUCUGGGCCAUCGAAGCUCAGCGACCCACCCCUCACAAGCCAAGGCAUGCUCUCGCGAAGCGGGAUAUCCCGAAUAACCCCCUACAAAUAGCUCCUACGCAGAACUCGUGGGGGGAGGACAACCAGCGGCGUAACUACAGCGAAGGGGUCGAGGAGGAGCAUUUGGGUUCGGGGGCUGUCCGAAGGGACAAGACAUUUGGACAGCCGACCACCAGUGUUCAAACCCGAAGGGAACAAGUCCCCGUUCGUUUCAGCUCGCUGGACGAGGACGAAGAGUUCAGCAUGCUUUCCCAAAAUCGUCUUCGACGAGCACCCACGCCCGCCAAACCCUUACCACCUAAGAAACCGGAUCUUUCCAACUUCUUCUCCUCGCCCGCUCUCCUUCCAGGUAUCGGAGACCAAGCACCGGGUGACGGUGUAUCAAGAGCGCCCGCAGUGCCUAGGGUUGGGGAAUCGAAUUCCACUGUGCCUAAGCCGCGGACCUUGGCGUCCCAACGGUCGCAGUCGAAUGGAAAUGGUUUGUUUGCGCAGUACAAGGAACCGCGAUCGCGAUCUCAGUCCCCGCAUAAACAGCUAGAGAUUGGGCCUCGUCAUCGGAGCGUUGAUUUGUUCUCUACAGUGCGGAAGAGUGUUGAGCGGAGCAGUCCUGAGCCAAGUUCUGCCGCUGCUCCUGCUCGGCCCGUGCCACAAGCUUCCUCGCCGGCAAGUCCACUCGACGAAGAGAACUUAGGGCAUAUUCCCCAGAAGCUGAACUUUACUCCUCGCCAACGCGAAGCCCGCGACAACACCAACAACGCGCUGUUUCAACCGAAGCCUGUCGGCGCACCAUCCAACUCGCUCUUCGGAAACCGCAAUACCCAAAUCUCAGCUUUCUUCUCGCAAUCGCGCUCAGGGCGGCCGCAGCCAGGACGGCAACAGGAACGAGAAGACGAUUACUACGAAGAACAAGACGAUCAGGAAUCGGCCUUUGUGGCCCCAACGCUUAAAGCCCUUCCCGACCGUGCCGUGCCGCCAGGUAAAUCCUCCAUUCGCUCGCCUCUCAAGCCCAAGACGCCCGGCCGCGUGGUCGAGUUCACUAGUAGCACUUUGUCCCCAUUGGCACAGGCACAAUCUCGAGCUGCACAGCGCUCGGGCUUGUCACUGGAGAAGGAAAUGGGAACAGAGACAGGCGACGGAAAGGGGAAGCAGCAAGAGCUAGGCCAGAAGGCGGACAAGGAAAACCGCGCGUCGUCGUCUUCAGCGUCGCCUGUCUUGUCACUCUCCCGGUCUUUGUCUCUAUCCCCGUCUCCGUCACCCUCUCCAUCGCCGAAGCCACACCGACGCCCUCUAUCUUCAUCACUGCUUUCUUCCACAGCCGCCAACAAGCAAAACACUACCCGGCAUUCACAACCCCACCAUCAACAACACCCACAACAACCUGACCACCCACCCCCCACCACAAAAUGGACCCGCACCCACUGGCUCCGCCUCGACGAGCUACUCCAAGCCCGCAAGCGCGGUAUCCACCAGCUCAAUCUCGAACUAGCCAACCCCGAGUCCAACUCCAACCCCUACUCAACAAGGCCACCGCCGUCCCAACUCAGCGGCCGUGAAUCACAGGCCCUGCGCCUCAGUCUGCUGGGUAAGCUGGUUUCGGCGCAGGGGGAACGGAUGGCGAUUGAAGGGUGGCAUUUGGAUGUGGUGGAGGGGUUUUUGAAUGAGAUGCGGAGGUCUGGGGGGGCGUUGCGUGGAGAGCGGAGGGAUAGUGAUCACAGUGGGCUUUGGGAUGGAGCGCAAAUUGCGAAGCGGGUGUUUGCCUUGUUGGUGGGUGAGGAGAGGAGGAGAUUAGGGUUAGUGCCAGUUAGGGACUGGCAUGAGAGAGAACUUUGA